ACGGGGUUCCGGUCGGACAGUAUUCGCUGCAGGACAGAUUAAGUUGACAUUGCUGGGACAGGUGUUACCCAACCAAAGCUGUGACCGCAGGUAGCCGCAGAGAAGUGGCUGGCCGCCCCUGCUUGGCUCUCAUCCCCGGGACCUGGUGCAGUCAUGUACCGACGGCCGCUGCAGGUCGCCGCCAGGUGCGCCCUGAAAGCGGCGGCGUCCAGAGGCGCCUGCGCGAAGCUGCUGGAGCAGGAUUGGUGGCUGAGAGCUUCAGCAGCCUACCAGCUGACCAGAUCCAGCUGUUUGACACGGAGUCGGCCUCUGCACAUCAGCACACAGCUCUGUAAUGUGAAGGAGACGCCUCAGCACUCACAGGAGGAGGUCGGAGCCUUCACCAAACUCAUCGAGGCCAUGGGCUUCUCCGCCCCGCUCAGAUACAACAAAUGGAAAAUCAAGAUCGCUGCGCUGCGCAUGUACACGUGUUGUGUGGAGAGAAUAAACUACGACGACUUCUUUGAUAAAUGCUCUCUGCCGGACACUCUGAACUCCUGGUUCCUGGUCGCUCAGCUGCAUGUAUGGAUGUGUUUGGUGCGGAUGCGUCAGGAGGGCAGAGAGGGGAAGUUCAUGUGCCGCUACAUCGUCCACUCCAUGUGGGAGGACGUGGAGCAGAGGAGCAAAAUCAUGGGGAUUGAUGCCAUCCUCAGGAAGGAGGCCAUGAAAGCCAUGACUGAAACCUUCUACGCUGCCAUAUUUGGCUACGACGAGGGAAUCCUGUCUGAUGACUGCGUGCUGGCUGCAGCUCUGUGGAGAAACCUGUUCAAUCGCCAGUGUGAAGAUCCCCAGCAGCUGGAGCUCAUGGUGGAGUACGUUCGUAAACAGAUGCAGUUCAUCGACGCCCUGGACGGGGAGGAUCUGCUGCUCACAGGAGAGGUGAAGUGGCGCCCUCUGGUGGAGGAGAGUGCACAGAGCAUCCUGAAGGUGGUCAGUCCCACCUACAACGAUGCUGGGCUGUGAGAUUAAGAUGUCUCCUCUCUGUAACCAUGAAACACUUCCUGCUUCUCCUCAGACCAGACUCUAAAACUUCACCUCAGUUGCUGUAGCUUCUCUUUCUUGCUCCAGGUUUCCUAAGCACCUUUUCUCCUACCUUUUAAAUGAUGAAGGUUCUGAUGGAGGUUCAGGAAAGCAGCAGACGGUCAGGGAUUAUGAUUCAGACACAUGCAGGUCUCCUUGUGUGUCCAUCAUCCUGUCAGGUCUGAGAGCAGCUUCUGUAUCCAUACACACACUGUUUAUAUUUCUACUGAAUGCUGGUCUGUAUUUAUAAAGGAUUUUUCAAUAUCUGUGUGUUUACUCUCUGCUCCUUCACUGUUUAAAUAACCUGAAUCUCUGAGGUCCGCUGCUUUUUCCUCGAUGCUCUCAGACCUGAACAGGAAGCAGAACUCGGACUCAAACGUUAUCAAUGGUUAAUAAAGUUUUCAGUUCAAACUCUGUGUUUUCUUCAUCUUCUGCUCUUUGGCUGAAGCUGCAGAGUGUUCAGUGGAGAAGCACCAAUCUGAGAUGUUCUGGCCGAUCACUGAUUUGAUUUUUUGUGAAACUGACCGUCUAAAUUUUUGUGAAUUCUGAUGUUAGGUCCUAUAAAUUAAAAAAAAUACUGUUUU